AUGGACACUGACGUGUCGGCGUCGGAGCAGCAUGAGCUGGAACCACGACCUGUUCAUUACACUGUUUUCAUCCGUCUACCUUUUCGUCGCGAUGGCUUCGAAGACCCGCCGAUCGUUAAUUGGGACUCUAACAAAGACAGUGCGCUCUGGAAGAUCAUCGCCAAAGCAGACUCGAAAGAGCUCGAUUGGGGAGAUAUUGCAUCGCGAUUCCAAGUCACGCUGCCCUUUCUUCUCCAGCAGGCAGCGCAUCUCUAUGAUCGCCACUUUGAGGCCAUGAGAGGCGUUGUUAACCGCUUGAGUGUCAUCGGACCGAGCAGUACGACUACGUCCAAGGCUCAAGUAGAUGGGUUGCAUUCGGGAGGCAGCAUCGGCGGUGGUGCGGCGAUGCAAAGGACAGGGAGCAAAGGCGCUGAGGCGAAGAAUGUAAAAUCUCCCACCAUCUCCAUCCCUCAGCACACUUCUGCUGGUGAUGGAUCGAUCACAGUAGCGUCCCCGAGCACGGCGAAUCCUCGUAGUGCAGCGCCGACGAUAUCUCGGACUCCGUCGUCUGCAACAGUGACACAGAGCAAAGUCUUUACUACCUCUGUUGCCACAGCCGCACAGCGUGCACUGCGAGGUCUCAGCAUAUCGGGUAGGCGGCCACCGGCAGUCGGUCUUGCUUCGGGAGUUCACAAAGACGACCGCCACGAUGACGAAUUGGAACACGAAGGUGGUUCGGCGUCAGAUUCUGAAGACGAUAUGCCUGUCCUCGCAAGAAGUCGAUAUCCACACCGGCCGCCGCUUGGGAAGGCUGCGAAGAAAGCCGGCGAUGAUGAUAGCUCUGAUGGAGACGCUGAAGCCGAAGAUGAUGACAAUGAUUCCAACGGUAGCUAUCUACCCUUUGCAGCUCCUGGAUCACCACGAGAGCAUCCAUCAGCGACUCUGCGCGAUCUCCCUCAACGCACACAGAACUCAUCAGUUCAGCGACCCAGUACCGCAAAAGGCAAAUCGAGGAGGGAUGACGAAGUCAGCGCUAAUACUACAGAGUCGUCUGCAUCAUCCAUGAGCCGGCAUUUUUCCAGUGACGGAGGGCUUGAGCCUCGUCCUACCAAGGGCCCGUUGAGUCCGCAGCAUCGUGCCCAGCUGGCGAGUCUUAGCCCGCGAUCACGCGCUCAGGGAAGCGAGGGUUCGCCGAGUAUGGGAAGCAGCUUCAGUGAUCUAGACGAUAUCUCGCAGUCUGCACUGGAUGAGGCCGUGCUGUCAAACAUGCGACAAGGCGGCAGCAGUAUGGCGAGUCGAAUGAGCACACUUCGAGAUGCUCUCGGACGUAGAGGAUGA